AUGCCACGUAAGCUACGUAAGAAUAUACGUAAGAGGAAGGGAGCAUUGAAACAUCCAAUAGUAAAACUAACACCACAACAACAGUUGCAACAACAAAUGAUGAAUGACCCCACUAUGUUGCAACAAAUGUCAAGCAACCCUAUGCUUUUAAGCCGAGUUAUUGGUGCACAGAGUGGAGGUUUAAGAGCGGCACUUUUAGCGAAAAUGGCAGGCUAUGGUGGAGCUGCAGACGGAACAGCUUAUAACCCUCAAAGUCAAAUGAAUUUGAGUUCACUCAAAAAUCAAAUAACAGAUGUCAAAAAGUCAAACAUAGACAUACAGAAACAAAUAAGUGAAAACGAAAAGAAACUAGAAUAUGACAGACACACAAAGAAACUCAAUGAGUUAAACGUAGAGAAAAAGAAGAAAGAAGAACAACUGAAAGAACUAAGUACAGAGGAAUAUGCGAAAAAAGUGUCAGAAAAAGCAGCAGAAGUAGCAAAAAUGGAACAAGAUGUUAUAAAUUUGAAAAACCAUACUACUCAAUAUAAAGUACUGAAAGAUGA